CAACUUCUACUCCAAAUCAAUUAAAUGCAAUUUGUAGUUACUGUUCCUUUAUACUCUCUUACAUAAGCAUAUCUAGAACCAUUCUCUAUAAAUAAACUAUACUCUUUUCUUCAUGAACCAUUGAAUCUAAAAUAUCAAAUCCAACUCCCCCUCAAAAAGAAUGACUACGAAGCUCAUUGUCCUCUUAACACUAUUGCUUCUCGCACUAACACUCUCCCACUCACGCCCGACCCGACCCAAAUCUGUCUCGGAUCAGCUCAACAAACACUCCAAAGGUAAUAAUAACAAGAAUGACAAGGGCUAUGGAUCAGGAGGAUACUUUGGGCCCGGAACCGGAUCUGUACCAGGAACCGGUUUUGGAUUACCCGGUUUCACUGGUAAGGAUUGGGGAAACAUUGGUGGUGGAUAUGGUGGUGGUUAUGGCGGACCUACCGGUGGAUACAGCAAAGGAGGUGUGGUGAGACCAACGGUGGUGUGUAAAGAGAAAGGUCAUUGUUACAUGAAGAAGCUGAGGUGUCCGGCCAAGUGCUUCAAGUCUUUCAGCCGCUCCGGGAAAGGAUACGCUGGUGGUGGUGGAGGCGGUGGCUGUACCAUCGACUGUAAGAAGAAAUGUGUGGCUUAUUGUUGAAAUGUAAUGUCUACGGAAAAUGUAUUUUUUUUUGGUUAAUGAGAGGGAAACUUUCUACUA